CCAUCCCCUCGGUUCUUAGAAGGGGAAAUGAAGAGUUAAGGUUCACAAUACACCCUCAGUGUUGCCCUGUUUCAGCGACACCCCGAGAGGCCAGUGAGACGCAGACCAGCGCUCUGCCCUCCCCGCUACAGAACACUUUGGGAGCAGAGCACAGGCGCAGGACAGUGCAAACUCUGACACCAUCUCUUUGCUAAGGCAAAACUUGGGGUUAGGUCCGAUGUAGGGAACAGAAGCUGCCUCCCCCCGGCCUGCUCUCAGAUCCUGAGCCUACUGCACACAAUCCAUCUUGGACUUUCAUAAUGUCACCAUCCCUUUACCCUUCCAAUGAGGAUUCCUUCUGAGUCCUUGCCUUCACUUACCCCUCACUGAGCCCCAGGGACCCCAGGCAUGUAUGGCACCAGCCUGCUGACAAACCUUGUGGCAAGAACACACCCUUGUGCGCCUUUAUUGAUGCUGCCUACACCACUCCGCACUGAAAUGAGGAAUACCUGUUCCUUCCAGUUUCAUGUGCACCUCUCUCGGUGUCACAGCUCUGCCAAGCUAGUCCCUCCACUGUUCAUGUAAAGCUACAGCUGGCACAGUGCACGCUGCUGGAGUGCUUGCGAAUAAAUGCUGGUGUUCACAUCUGAGGGACACAACGCACAAUGGCAUGUGCUGAGUCCUUCCUUCUGUCAAUCAAGACAUUUUAAGGCCAAGGGAGACUAUUCGGUCAUCUAGUCUGACCUCCUGUGUAAUACAGGCCAAGAGAGGUUGUGGGAUCCUGGUCACUGGAGGUUUUGAAGAAGAGGUUAAACCGAUGGUCUGUGUAUACUUGGUCCUGCCUCACAGCUGGAGGAUGGACUAACUGACACCUUGAGGUCCUUUUACCCCGUGUGUUUGUUAUUUUAUGAUUCAUGCUCUUAGCCCUUCACUUUGACCUUGUCUCCCUCUGGAGAAUGGGGGCUUUAUUUAGUAGGUUUUUUAAUGAAAAAUAAGCAUGGGUCAGCUUCCCUCUCAAUGUGCUUCGUUACUGACUGGGUGUGAAGGAGUGAAUUCCUCUCCUGGGAUGGAGGUGUAAUUCCUGUUGAAGUAGCAUAGGCCUGUCUCCAUUUACAUGGAAACACGAUCGAGAACUGUCCGCGUAUGAAUGCAGCACACUGGAGAAUGCAAAGCCUCUCUCAUGUGGCUGUAAAUACCUACUGGCUGCAGCACCCCAGAAGAGACGGUGUUUAUAAGGAGUCUGAAAUCAUUGAGACUCGCUGAGGUGCCAUCAUGACACACAAGGGUGCUGCCUCCGAAAUGCCCUGUCUCAGAGUGGUGGAGCUGUGGGGAACACCCUUCCAAACAGCAAAGCCUCGGUUCCCACUUUUCAAACCUGAUGUCAUCUCCCAGCUGGAACAAGAGGAAGAGCCGUGGGCCCCAAAUUUCCAGGGCUCAGAGGAAAGAGAGAUCCUGAGAGGCAGCUGCAUGGCAGGUGAGGGGAUGGUGAGAGAGACUGUGGAGCAGACGCCUCAGCAGGAAGAGGAGCAAGUGGAAGCACGUGGGGCGUUGUUGCAAAGAUGCAAAGGGAGUGUGUCCAGGAGUUGUGAGCAAGGAAAAGGCUCUCAGGGGCAGCACAGGCCAGAGAAGCGUCAGGGGAACCAGCCAGCGCAGAAAGUUGGAAUAUCUGUUCAUUAUCGGGAAACUCACAAAGGCCUCAAGGAAGCCACGGCCCGGCAGAGAAUCCUUAUGGGAGAGAGAAAUAACACGGGCUUUGAGAGUGGGAAACAGUUCAGGAGGUGCUCACACCAUCAGAGAUUCCACACUGGAGUGAGACCGUAUGGAUGUUGCUAGUGCGGGAAAACCUUCACUCGGAGUUCAGGCCUUAUUUGCCAUCAGAGGAUCCACACAGGGGAGAAACCCUAUGGAUGCUGUGAGUGUGGG